AUGCUGAUCAGACCCGGAAGCUGGCAGCCAGUCCUCUGUCUCGGAUCGCUGACAAAGGCACCUCCCAACAGCCCAGUCUCAAAAUCGAUUUUGAGGGAAAGCGGAUGCACCGCGGUGCCCUUUCCCUUUCAGGAAUCUGCCAGAGCGCUCGUCAUCCACUCGACUGACUCGCUCAGCCUUCUCCACCCCACACCGACCAUCAACCCAGCUCACUGCAGCCGUCCACUCUACCUUCACCGCCACUACCAAGAGCACAUCCACAUUGGCACUCGUCUCCGCGCAACACCAGACCAGACCGCACCCUCCUUCUCCUCGUCCUCUGCCUCCACCUCACCCUCGUUCAACAUGGUCUGGCCCUUCUCGUCCAACAAGCCCGCCGACGCUGCCGCCUCGUCCUCCACAGCACAGUCCUCGUUCGAGGCUGUAGCUCCGGCACCGGCGGACGCCACCGUGGCUCAGAACCCCACAUCGGACAGCCCCACGGACUACCUUCGCAGCCACACGUUUGUCCAGCCCUCGUCGCCAUCACCAUCCGCCUCGGGCUCGUCGCCCGAGUACGUCCCCAACGCAGCAUCUCUUCUCGGCGACUCGUCCCUCAACCUCGGUGCGCUCUCCCCGCUCGCCGGUCUCGGCAAGGACGAGCUCGAAUACCUCGACCUCACCGACGGCGCUCCCUCGAGCAUGGAGGGCGCACGAACCGCCGUCCCCUCGCGUGGCUGGUCCGACGACCUCUGCUACGGAACCGGCACCACCUACCUCUCCGGCCUUGCCAUCGGUGGCCUGCUCGGUGCGCGUGAAGGCUUCUUCCGUCCGCUUGGCGUCGACAACCCCACCUUCCGUCUGCGUCUCAACGCCGUGCUCAACCAGGUCACGCGUCGUGGCUCCUUCUUUGGCAACUCGGCGGGCGUCGUCGCGCUCAUCUACAACCUCGUCGAUGCAUCCAUCGACGGCGUGCGUGGCAAGCACGACAUUGCAGGCGCCGUCACGGCAGGUGCCAUCUCCGGCGCGCUCUUCAAGUGCACUGCCGGUGUCCGUCCCAUGGCCGUCGCUAGUGGCAUCAUGAUGGCCGCCGCCGCUACCUGGACCACCGCAAAGCAGGCGCUCUUGUAA